AUGAAUCCUCACUUUCAUCCUCACAUCAUCCACACUUCAUCCUCACACCAUUCACACAUCAUCCUCACUUCAUAUCCUCACACCAUCCUCACUUCAUCCUCACACCAUCCUCACACCAUCCUCACACCAUCCUCACACCAUCCUCACAUCAUCCUCACACCAUCCACACACCAUCUUCACAUCAUCCUCACUUCAUAUUCUUACACCAUCCUCACUUCAUCCUCACUUCAUCCUCACUUCAUCCUCACACCAUCCACACACCAUUCACACAUCAUCCUUACACCAUCCACACACCAUCCUCACACCAUCCUCACUUCAUCCUUACACCAUCCUCACAUCAUCCUUACACCAUCCACACAUCAUCCUCACUUCAUCCCCACAUCAUCCUCACACCAUCCACACACCAUUCACACAUCAUCCUCCCACCAUCCACACACCAUCCUCACACCAUCCUCACUUCAUCCUUACACCAUCCUCACAUCAUCCUUACACCAUCCUCACUUCAUCCACACUUCAUCCUCACACCAUUCACACAUCAUCCUCACACCAUCCACACACCAUCCUCACACCAUCCUCACUUCAUCCACACACCAUCAUCACACCAUCCUCACUUCAUUCUCACACCAUCCACACGUCAUCCUCACUUCAUCCUCACACCAUCCUCACACCGUCCACACAUCAUCGUCACAUCAUUCUCACUUCAGAAUAUCACGUCAAAAAGAUUUCGAACACUAA